UUAAGACAUGAAGCUACAUCUUCCUCCGGUUAAGGAGAGCAAAUGUCAACGAAACUUAUUUGGCCAGAAAGUAAACGGUCCAGACUUGACUAGAUUCAAUCUGUUAAGCAGACUUGAGCUGAGAAAAAGGAUGAGCAAGGAAAAGCUGGAGAAGGCGAUGAACAAGGCCAAAGAGAUCGUCUCCUCGUACCCUGUCGUUGUCUUCAGCAAGACUUACUGUGGUUAUUGCCAGAAGGUGAAGCAAUUACUGACAAAGCUAGGCGCAGAUUUUGAAGUACUUGAGCUCGAUGAGAUGAGUGAUGGAGGUGAGAUACAAUCAGCUUUGUCAAAGUGGACUGGACAGAGAACUGUUCCAAACGUCUUCAUCAAAGGGAAACAUAUUGGUGGAUGCGAUAGUGUGAUGGAGAGUAACCAGAAAGGUACGCUUGUGCCUUUACUGGUUGAAGCUGGUGUACUGACCAAAAUCUCUUCCAAGCUUUGAUGAACUCUGCAAACUUGAUUCCCUUAAAACCAAAUAAACGAAACAUCCGCUGUCUUUGUCAACUUUGCCGCUGUAGUUUCCUUUGCUGAACCACUGGAGACUGCGUGUGUUAUCUUGUAACGAGAAUAUUGCUUUCUUGAAGCUCUUAUCGAAAAAUAGCAAUUUGAACUUCAACAAUCUUUUUGUGCUAUAUAAAAAGAAAAAAUAAAAUACUGCAACAAUCAGACAGGUUGGUUACAACUCAAGCUCAUGGAGAAAGCAAAC